UCUUCGAUGCCACUUUGUGUUUUCAAAGCUUUUCUAAGGCUUUCGAGACUUAGGAGAGGUAAAAAAAACUUAAAAACUAGCCAAAUACUGUCAAAAAUUAAUCCUCUCUGUUGCCCUAGAAGACGCUGGGAUUAUCUUAAUAACGGACGAUAGUAUAUAAAUAACGACUUCAAGCCGAGAGAGAGCAUCUUCAUCAUUUACACAGGCGGUUCGAUCAUGGCUAAGAUUUGUUCAAUCCUGGUCAUUUUUGGGGGACUUUUGGGAUGUUUCAGCGUCAGAUUCGUGGACGGUUCUCAUGACAUUGGAUCAAUAUGCCAGACACUUUGGAACGCAGAUAACAACAGUCUCGUUAACGGGGUGGACUUCCAACUGAACCUGCAGAAACAGUUACGGUAUUCUAACCGAUAUGAUAUGGCCAGCAGAAAACUGUUUCUUCGCGUGAAUGAACAGAAGCUGAAAUCCCCUACGUUUGUAGCAUUCAAAGCUCUGCUUGAUAACUACGUCAGGAAGACUGGAAUCACCGAGUCGUCGUCAAGCCAGGAAAAAUCAGAAAUUUCCAGAUUUCUUACAGUCAUCAUGGGUACCAAACCGAUCAAGGCACUUCACAAGUACUUGGUUUUACGAAGAAAGGCGCCAACCAGUGAGUCUUCAUUCAAACACACCCUCAAAGUUAUGUGGUUCUACUUUUACCGUCGCAAAGCCUAUCGGGAUUCAUCAGGAUUCGAACACGUGUUUCUGGGUGAAAUUAAAACGAAAAAACGCGCCACAAAAACAUCUGGAUUCCACAACUGGCUUCAGUUUUACUUGGAAGAAAAGCAAAAUUCUGUAAAUUAUUAUGGUUUUUUCAGAGUCAAGAAAAACACGGCGCCUGUUCAGGUGAAACUGCAACUUUCUUGGCAUAACUAUCUGAAACCCGUGACAAGUUUCUUUCUCGGCACCAGUCCCGAGUUCGAGAUCGGUCUCUACACGGCUUGUUUUGUCCUAAGACCCAAUCGCAGGUGUACUUGUGCUGUCAAUGGUCAGACGAUAGCAAUUCAGAGCUAUACUUACUCCAAGAAAUAUGUUGGGUCAGCCUACCCCAUUGUUUAAGGAAAUAUCCUCAAGCGUUAGAGCGAUUCCAUUUAACACUUAUCUUGAAGUCUAUUUCAAAUUUGACAAAAUUUUGACCCCUAAUUCCUUUCGGUCAUGUUAUGAUCUAUCUCACAUCUUCCUUGUCUUCUACCAUCUUUUUAGAAUUACGUGUAAACGAACUAGAGUAGAAUCGCUUAUCAUAUUGACAAGUUAAUUGAACACGCUAGAAUCUGUCUAGAAAAUAAAGACCUAUCAAAAAGAAA